AUGGUUCUCAGGAAUGGUCUAGAUGUGAAGGUUCUCGAUCUUGAUUUUCAGAAGGAUCCGUUCACGGGAACGGACGUUGCAUCCCAAAAUGUUGACCUAGGAAUGAACCCAGAUGUAGCCCAUGGACAGAACAGAAAAAAGACGGGUUGGAAAAGAAGUAGCCUUAUACUAAGAGAUGAAGGAAAGGUGAUGCUCUGUCCUUUAGACAUUGCCUUCAUCAUGGAUAGCUCUGAAAGUGCUACGAAUAUCAUGUUUGAGAGGGAGAAGGCUUUUGUUCAGGAUUUUGGUGAAAGAGUAAUGCAGAUGACGUCACCUUCUGGCAUGAAAUUAAACACCAGGUUGGCAGUGUUACAGUACAGUAGUAUUGUGAAGAUAGAGCACCCCUUCCGAGACUGGCAAAACAUUCAAGUCUUCAAAAACCGGGUCCGCUCAAUGGUAUAUAUAGGGCAUGGUACAUAUUCAUCCUAUGCAAUCACUAACACCACCCAACUGUUUGAAGCGGAAACGAAGCCUGGCAGUGUCAAAGUGGCAUUACUGAUGACUGAUGGAGUGGACCACCCCAGGAACCCAGACAUCUUGGGAGCAGCAGCUACUGUUAAGAACUAUGGCAUCAAGCUCUUUACCAUUGGGUUAUCAGCCCUUGCUUAUGAAAGCACCAGUAUUGUCAAACUGCGCUCCAUAGCUAGUAUCCCAGCCGAACAAUAUGUGCAUAGCCUGACUGAUCCAUACCUUCAAGAUAAACUCCUUGAGCAAUUGAGUAGAAUUGUUGUUGAUGGGUGUCAGCAGCCAAAGUUGCAGUGUGUUUGUGAAGCAGGAGAGAAAGGAGCUCCAGGAAGUCCGGGCAAUGAUGGUCGUGAUGGUGAUAAAGGUGAAAAAGGAUCCAAGCUGAGCUUUAGCCCUAUGCGGCUUCGGCCUGUGUCUCACCUGUUGCACGCUGACCAGGUGGCUGACUACAUGCGGUUAGGGGCAAAUAUGCCCCAGGAGGAUGGGACUACAUUGUAUGUGCGGUGCUUGGGUGUCCAGCAAGCCAUUUCAGCCCUAGGGGACGAGACAUUCUGCAACAUCUGUGCGGCCUUCCAGCCCCAGGUGCUUCGCAAAAAGCUUGACAGGGCCAUGGGGAUGGAAUGUUCAUCCCCUGUGACUGAGCUGUCAGAGGCCCUAGGAGCUGCCACAGUUCCCCCCAUCCUCCAACUGUCCCAGAGCCCCUCACAGAGUAUUCCCUCUGCACACGCUCAGCCGCCACCAUCUCACAGCCGCUCCCCAUCAUCAGAGAUGGCGAAGCAGGUCAGGUGCUCGAGGAAGGUGAGGGAAAUAAUGGACCUGAAGGCACAGAUGGCCUGGGUCCUGGAGUUGUUGGCAUGGAAGCAGACUCCCAGCACCCACCUCAAUAGCAGCCCCUCCCCCUGCUCCUUUUCGAAGUUUUUGGAUGCAAUCCUAGCUCCCUUGUGGCUGCAAGGGAUCAGGGUGCUGAACUACCUGGUUGAUCUGUUCCCAGUCGCAGGAAGGGUGAGCCUGGCUUCAAUGGACUUCCUGGAGAUAAAGGCUCUGAGGGCAAACCUGGUGUUAUGGGGUGAAAGAGGUGAAUGUGGGGUCCCUGGGACAAAAGGAGAUAGGGGGCCUGAAGGACCACCUGCACCAAGGGGACCCAGAGGAGAGAAAGGUUUAAUUGGACCAACAGGGGACCAAGGCCCUGAAGGAAUCCCUGGACCUAAAGGGGAUCGUGGUCCAACUGGUGCCUCUGGCCCCCCAGGCGAUAAUGGUAUUGGAUUUCCUGGGCCAAAGGGGGACAAAGGUUCACAGGGCAGACCUGGACUUACUGGUCCAAUAGGCAUUGGGGAACCAGGACCACCGGGUCUUCCAGGGAUACAGGGGAACAAAGGAUCUCUAGGAGAAGGACUUCCUGGUGCAAAGGGGGACAGAGGGUACGAAGGACCCAGAGGAACUCGUGGCUUACCAGGAUUGGGGAUUAAGGGUGAGAAGGGUGAUUUUGGACCUACUGGGCUUCCUGGAUCAGCUGGCCUUCCAGGAAUUGGGAUUCAGGGAGAAAAGGGGAACCAAGGUCCUGCAGGCCUAAUUGGUUCUAGAGGGCUACCAGGGAUAGGAUUUAGUGGCCCAAAACUGGUUGGUGGGAGUGGGCUAGUCCCGCACGGUGCUGAUCUUGUCGGACUCCGUGCGGAUGUCUUGACCCCCAGCCCGGUGUCCAAGGAAGGUGACCUCCUUCUUCACGAAGUGAAGGUUGAGCUUCAGUCCCGCUGCCUCCAUGCAUUGCAGCACCUGUUGGAGAGAUGCAAGGGAAGCUUUAUUGCUUCUUUAUCGACACUGCGUCCCGUGUCAAUCGCGUGCUGGACAAGGUGCGUUCGGCCGGCGAAACUCAUAGUACCUCAGCAACAGCUCCCACAGUUGGCUCUAUUGCUCUGGGCAAAGCCGUUGCCAGACUGCGGUUGCUGCGUCGAGAGUCUUUUACUCCACGCUUUGCAGUUGGGGGACACAGCUCCCCCAUCACUGUCCUUUACUGGACAGUCGUUGCUUCCAGCGAACGAUGUCCCCAUCGACUCCUUGGUAGAAUGUCCAACCGUACCAGGGUCACUGUCAAUCCCGUGUCCACCACUGCCAAGCAGGGAACCCCUUCAGCCCGAACCAGGACAUGACAGUGGUCUCCCACGAGGCUCUCCUGACGACCCUCACCGGAAUGGGGAUGCAGGGCCACAGGGUCGGGCUGGAAUUAAUGGGAUUCCAGGGGAGAAAGGGGCUGUAGGACAAAAGGGUGAAACAGGUUCUCAAGGACCGGUGGGACCUGAGGGGGCUCCUGGAAAAGGAAUAUCUGGAGAAAAGGGAGACAAAGGGGACAGGGGGCCUAGAGGAUUACCUGGAUUACAGGGACAAGUCGGAGCAAUGGGGCCUAAGGGUGUGACAGGAAAUACUGGCCAACCUGGGAAGCCAGGCCUGUCUGUUCGGGGAUUUCAAGGGCCAACAGGUGAGCCAGGUCCGGUAGGACCACCUGGACCAGUCGGGGUCCCAGGAAUUGGAAUACCUGGACCAAAGGGUGAAAGAGGAUUGCCUGGACCUCCAGGAUCAAUUGGACCAAAAGGGGACGGCUAUCCCGGCAUUCAGGGACUGCCUGGAUUGCCAGGGCUUCCAGGAGAAGCAGGCCCUGAAGGAAAAGGGCUGCCUGGUUCAAAGGGAGACCGAGGAUUACCAGGCUUUCCAGGACCAGUUGGACCCCAUGGAGUUGGACUCAAGGGAUCUGUUGGUCAGGCUGGUCCACCAGGACCCCCAGGUUUACCUGGAGAGGAUAUACAAGGACCCAAGGGAGAGCCAGGAUUUCAGGGAGUGCCUGGGCCUAGGGGCCCACCAGGUGAAGGCUUCCCAGGAGAGAAGGGGGAUCGUGGAUUUUCAGGAGUUCGAGGGAGGCAGGGUGACAAAGGAGAACUUGGAGAGCCUGGGCCAACUGGAACACCAGGGAUGCCUGGACAGAAAGGAGAUAUGGGCCUUACUAGAGAAGAAAUCAUCAAAAUAAUCAGAGAAAUCUGUGGUUGUGUAAAAUGUAAAGAAAGUCCUCUUGAACUGAUGUUUGUGAUUGACAGUUCAGAAAGCAUCGGACCAGAAAACUUAGAAGUUGUCAAAAACUUUGUCAGCGACCUGAUAGUUCUUCUGAAUCAAGUAGGCACCCAUAUUGGUGUUCUGCAAUACAGCCACAUUUAUGAAGUUGUGGUCAACCUCCAGCAGCACUCAAGCCAAGAUGACAUGAAGGCAGCGGUUUACUCAAUGACAUAUCUCGGGGAAGGCACCUACACAGCAAGCGCCAUAAAGAGAGCUACCCAAAUCUUCCAGGCCUCCAGGCCAGGGGUUAGGAAAGUGACAAUACUUAUAACAGAUGGACAGGCAGACAGGCGUGACCCGGUGAAACUGGAGGCCGCGGUGAGGGAGGCCCAUUUUGCCAAAAUUGAAAUAUUUGUGAUUGGAGUAUUGAACAGGACUGACUCCUUUUACCUCGACUUCAAGAACGAAGUGAAUAUGAUUGCCUCGGAUCCAGUUGAGGAGCAUAUUUAUCUGAUUGAUGAGUCUAUGACAUUUCCAGCUUUGGACAUGCUGCUAUUCUACACGAUUGACAUUAUCCUUUGUCUGCUGUUUGAUGCAUAG